CAGAAGCUGCUUGUUUUCAGAGAUUUAAGUCAGGCCUUUGCUGUUACUUUUGUGUUUGAAGAUUUGGAGAUAUUGUUCAUUAUUUCUCAGUCCUGGCAGCUAAUCUCCUGAUGCUGAGAGUGUAGGGUUCAUGAAACCAGAAAAUGUCAGGUCUGACCAAAAGAAAAGACAAACUCAACAACACACAGAGGUCUGUCUAUUCACAGAGAAGUUGGCAGGGCUGAGCGGUGGCAGAACAACUCCAAGCAGUACUGAGGGACGUGCCUGGAGUGGACAAAUCAUGCCAAUUGUCUGCGAGAGGGACCUAAAGCUAAACACAAAAUGAAGAGAGAAAGGGAAGCCUUAUCCAGAGUCCCUAGUGCUCCAGCUUUCGUGCACUUAGUGUGCCUUCUUCUAAUCCACCCAGGUCUGCUGGAAGGCGUCAAUAUCACCAGCCCAGUUCUCCUCAUCCAUGGUACAGUUGGCAAACCUGCCCUGCUCUCGGUGAGGUACACCAGCACCAGCAGCGAUAAACCUGUGGUCAAAUGGCAGCUGAAGCGGGACAAGCCUACCACGGUGGUACAGUCCAUCGGCACCGAGAUCAUUGGCAACCUGCGCCCCGAUUACAAGGACCGGAUUAAAAUACUUGAGAAUGGCUCUCUGCUGAUCAGUCACCUGCAGCUGUCAGACGAGGGCACCUAUGAGGUGGAGAUCUCCAUCACAGAUGACACUUUUACCGGGGAGAAGAACAUUAACCUUACCGUGGACAUUCCAAUUUCAAAGCCUCAUGUUGUCCUUGCAUCAUCCACCGUGCUGGAGCUAAGUGAGUAUUUCACCCUGAACUGCUCCCACGAGAAUGGCACAAAGCCCACCUACACCUGGCUGAAGGACGGCAAGCCCCUGAGCAAUGACUCACGGCUCCUUCUCUCCCACGAUCAGAAGGUGCUCACCAUCACAAGAGUCCUCAUGUCUGAUGAUGACAUUUACAGCUGUCUGGUAGAAAAUCCCAUUAGUAGCGGGCGCAGCGUCCCAAUAAAGCUGACGGUAUAUAGAAGGAGCUCCCUCUACAUAAUCCUCUCCACUGGGGGCAUUUUCCUCCUUGUCACCUUGGUGACGGUCUGUGCCUGCUGGAAACCCUCCAAAAAAGACAAACAGAAGCUGGACAAGCAAAGCUCCUCUGAAUACGUGGAUCAGAACGAAGAGCAUUUAAAGCACGAAGUUGAGAUUGCCCCCCGCAGCGGAGAACAUGAAUGCAGGAAUCCAGUCGCUCUCUACAUCUUAAAGGACAAAGAUUCUCCGGAGGCAGAAGAGGAUUCCCCUCUGCAUGUAAGAACCGCAGCCGAGCAAGGACUGCCCAGCUAUUCCAGCUCUCCUCCUGGCAGAUCUCCAGGUCCUCCUGUUCGAUCGGCUCGCAGAUAUCACCGCUCCCCAGCCCGAUCUCCAGCCUCCUCCAGAACACAUAAAUCGCCGCCCAGGUCGCCCGGCUCUCCGGUGCGCUCCCGGAGUGCUACACGCAUGCUGCGGACUGCUGGCGUUCAUAUCAUCCGGGAGCAGGAGGAGGCCAACUCUGUUGAAAUCAAAGCCUGAGAGCAUCCAGCUCAUGUGAACAGGAAGCUCCCGCUGCCUAGGAAUGGGUCUCUAACAGGUGGCAGCGCGUUGAUUUCAGGCGUGUGUAUGUCCGCGUGUUCCAGGUGGUGAAUGGGGCUCAGGUACUGCCUGUAGAUAAAGGUGAAUCGCGUUGCUCCGCUGGCUGGAUGAGCCCAGUUUAAAAUUUACUGUAGCCUCAAUGUUCAAGCUUCAGCGGGUUUAAAGACACUAAUUUGCUAUUUAACGCUCUAGGGCAAUCCCAGGCAGCUCACUAAGCUUUGGCUUUCUGGGGCGUCAGACUAAUUCCCUCACACUUAAGAUCUGUCCCUACGCAGCUCUACACGUGUAUGUAUGUGCGUGAGAACCUGUAUG